AUGCCUCGGAUCAUUCAAGCAAAGAUAGUUCUGGGCCGAUCAUCGUCCAAUGGAAGCCGUUCAUCGUUAUCUACAGAAAUCAUCCCUAAAGGACAUUUUGCAGUUUAUGUUGGUAAUCAAGAGAAAAGGCGAUUCGUUGUUCCUGUAUCAUUAUUAAACCAGCCUUCGUUCCAAGACUUGCUACAUCAAGCAGAGGAAGAAUUUGGAUUUGAUCAUCCAAUGGGCGGCCUCACAAUUCCGUGUCGUGAGGAAGUGUUCAUUGAUGUUGCCUGCCGCCUUAGGGCUUUCUUUAUCAAUGUCCUCUAA